AUGGCGUUUGUUUUGAGCGCGCUGUCCACAAUAGGCUGGGCGGCGGGUCUGAUUUUCGGGAUAUUCUCACUGGCCUGCGGGCUCUACGUUACCUCCGAAUGGGUAGAAGAGUACCCCCGGCAAGCGCGCAAGGCAAUCCAGCUAUCGACCUGGGCCAUCGACGCCUUACUCCUCCUAGCGCUCCUCGACGGCACCAGCAUAUGGCGCACUUUAGCUACUCUGGCGACCAACCACGUGUACAUGCAAAACCUGGCAAACUUCCCGCUGGUAAACCUCAGCGGACCCGUGUUCCUCGGCAGUUGCAUUCUGGCUGUGGGAAACCAUUUUUCGUGGUUCUUCUAUUUCAUCAAGCGGCCGGGUAUUUUGUUUGGAGAGGUUUGCGCGUUUAUGUUUUUCUGCGUCUGGUUGGUGCCUUUAGCGCUGUUUGUGUCGUUGACGCCGGUGGAUGCGGCGCUGCCAAGCUCUAGGGAGGCUGGGACUAAGCGGGUUCGCCAGAAUAUGUUCAAGACCAUGUUCUCAAAGUUUGUCCGGUCGGAAGAGCAGCCGCAGCUGCUGCACAACGAAUAA